AUGCCUGUUUAAAAAAAUUUGAAGAGAUAAACAAUUAAAGGCGAAUCAAGGGUAGAGUAUGUUCCUUAUGAAAAAUCUGUUUUAGAAUAUUAAGCUAUUUAAAGAACUAAACUUGUUCCAAAAUAAAAAAGGGUAACUGAUUAUUAUGCAAUCGAGUAUUAGACUGAUUAUAUUCCGAAUGUUUAUUAAGAUAAGUUUAUUGAAUAUAUUCCUUAAGAAAGAUUUUAAGAAAGAGUACAAUAUUAAGCUGUUGAAAAAAAAAUUAUGCACCAACCUGUCUAAUAAGAAUAAAAAAUACAAAUAGGUUAAUAACCAGCCUAAGUAAUAUAAUAACCAGUUUAAUUAGCAUAAUAAUAAGCCUAAAUUAUAUAAAAGCCAGUCUAAGAUGUAAUAAAAGCUGUUUAAUAUUAUGUAUAACCUGCUUAGUAGGUUGUUUAAAAACGUUCUUAAGUUAUUAAUUAAUAUUAAGUUAAAGGUGUACAAUAAAGAGUUGUUAGUAAUUCUUUUUAAAGAACAGUCCCUAUAACUUAUAGAGGUGCUUAAUUGAAUAAUUAUAAUAACUUUAAAGGAAUUAGAAAUGUAAGUGCAAUUAAAGAUAUAAAAAAUGGGAAAAAAGUUAAAAAAGGAUUUUUUGAAAAAAUGUUUGGAUGA